CAAAAUGGCAGCCACGACCAUAGACCCAGUGGAGCAGCCUCGGAUGUACCAACAGACCCUUCUUCAGGAUGGACUGUGUGACCUGCUGGAAAAUGACAAGUUUGUGGACUGUGUUCUUAAAAUCCAGGAAAAGGAGUUCCCCUGCCACCGCUUGGUUCUGGCAGCAAGCAGCCCCUUCUUCAAGGCCAUGUUCCUGUCUGACCUGGAGGAGAGCAAGAAACGGGAGAUUGUACUCAAAGAUGUGGAGCCAGUUGUUAUGGGGAUGAUCCUGCGGUACUUAUACACCUCUGACAUUAGUCUGACAGAGCAAAAUGUCCAGGAUAUCUUCAUGGUGGCCAACAUGUACCAGAUCCCCUCCAUCUUCUCGGUAUGUGUCUCUUACCUACAAGAAAAGCUGGUGCUUGGAAACUGCUUGGCCAUCUUCAGACUGGGGCUGCUGCUGGACUGUCCCCGGCUCACAGUCAGGGCUCAAGAGUUCAUCUGUGAACGUUACCAGGUCGUCGUCAGAGACCAGGACUUCCUGCAGUUAGGCCCAAGUGAGCUGGCCAUCAUCAUCACCUCAGACUCCCUCAAUGUUGAGCGGGAGGAGCUGGUGUUUGAAUCCGUGAUGGACUGGGUAAAACAUGAUGAAAAAAACAGAGUCAAGGACCUGCCAGAGCUGCUGCACUGUAUCCGUUUUAGGCUUAUACCUUUGGAUUACUUCAAAGAGAAAGUUGAGUGCCACCAGUACAUCCAGUUUAGCCAGGAGAUCAAGAAGGAGCUGGAUCUCGUCAAGGAUGCUCACAGAGGGCAUCUCCCAAAGCCCAAGAAGCCUAGCAGUGAUGGGGCAAAGGGGGGAAAAGGAAGUGAGGAUGAGGAGGAGGAUGAAGAAGGAUAUCUGCCGGGUAUACUAAACAACAACCCACGCUUUGGGAUGUUUGAGAUGGAACUGAUAGUCAUGAUCAACAACACAGGGACUGUGGCCUACGACCCAGUAGGGAACGAAUGCUUUGUGGUGUCAGAAUCAACAGAUAUUCCCAAAAACCACUGCAGCCUGGUUACCAAGCAGAACCAGGUGUUUGUUGUCGGAGGACUUCUCUACAACGAGGACGAUAAAGACGAACCGUUCAGUUCUUACUUCCUGCAGUUUGACCCGAUGAGUUCAGAGUGGUUAGGGAUGCCCUCACAACCCAACCCUCGUUGCCUGUUUGGACUGACAGAAGCCGAGAACUCCAUCUUUGUUGUGGGUGGGAGGGAAUUGAAGGAAGGCGAGCACGCCCUGGAUUCAGUCAUGAUCUAUGACCGACAGUCAUUCAAAUGGGGUGAAUCAGACCCUCUGCCUUAUCAAGUAUACGGCCACGGGACUGUAUCACACAAUGGUCUCGUCUACGUUAUUGGAGGAAAGUCUGAAAGCAAGAAAUGCCUGAGAAGAGUCUGCGUCUACAAUCCAACCAAGUUUGAGUGGAAGGACCUGGCUCCCAUUAAGACGGCCCGCUCUCUGUUCGGUAUCACAAUCCACAAAGAGCAGAUUUACGUGUUGACGGGGGUCACAGAUGCAGGCCUCACCUGCUCUGCUGAGGUCUAUGACAUCGCCACCAACAAGUGGUCUGAGUUUACAGAGUUCCCUCAGCAGCGCAGCUCGCUUAAUCUAAUCUCAUCGGGAGGCUACCUGUACGCGUUAGGAGGCUUCGCUAUGAUGCCCAGUGAAACCAGUGAGGAGCCCGUCCCAACAGAGAUGACAGACAUCUGGAGAUAUGAUGAGGCAGACAAGGGUUGGUUCGGCAUUUUGCGAGAGGUGAGCUAUGCAGAGGGAUCCACGAUUCUUCCAGUGCGUCUCAACACUCUGCGUCUCUCCAAGUUAUAACUGAGUCCAACUCUCGCUGCCAUUAAUGAUGUAUGCAUAGCUUUGAAGUGAAUGAGGUCUCUGAAAAUGAGAACGUUUUUUGAAAAUGAGCACCAAGUUGUUUUAUCUGAUGAUUGGCAGCAGGGGGAGACAGAUACAAGUCUAAGUACUGGAGGAGAAAGGAAAGUUAGAAUAUCAAACCAAAUUUCUUUUAUAAAAAGCUGUUGAUUUGUACAUCUGUUUUUGUUAUAUUGUUUCCAAAAUUUUCUUUAAUAUCCAUUUGCUUUA